UAGAAUAGCACUAAAAAAACUUUUAUCACAAAUAUAUUCUAAUAAUCAAAAUGACCAAAAUAUUUCAUUAAAAAAAUUAAAUAUACAUUUAUACCCCUAGAUUAACUAAUCUGAACCUUACGAUUUAGAGUUAAGGGGUGGAGAUCUGUGAUUAAAUUUUAUAAAAUAAAAAAAAUUAAAAAUGUGAAAAUAAAAAUUUGAAAAAUAGUUUCAAAGAGAAUUUCGAAUUAUAAAAAAAUUUGAAAAAAAAAUUUUAGAAAAGUUUGGAUUUGAAAACAUUCAUAUAAUGUGAAACAAUAAUUUUUUAAAAAUUUUAUUUAUUUGUAUUUAUAUCUAGGGUAUUAAAAAAAAAUAUCUAUUAAAUAAAAUAUUUUUUUUCAUUUUUCUCCUUAAAAUCUAUUUUUGUGAUAAAAACUUGAAAAUGGUCUAUUUAGGAAAAAUUCCCUAGUUAAUUUGUUAAUAUUGUUUCCUAACAUAUCUAUUCCCCUAAUUCAUUCAUAGAGAGAAAAUAAAAUAGUAAACAAUAUAAAUUGAAAACUUGCAAAAGGAGUACAGCCCAUUUUUGUACUUUGUUAAUCAUUAACCAUAAUAAUUAUUAAAACCUAAAGUCCUUUUCUAGAAAAUUUAUUCAUGACCUUUUUAUUUAUUUUUAUUCUUUAUAAUAUUCAUUUUUUGAUGAUUACUAAUAGAAGUCAUGAUUUCAUAAAAAGUUUACUGUAUUUUGCAAAAAAAACAUAUAAUCAGAAAAUCAUAUUAUUAAAAGCCAUUCUACAGAGAAGCAUAUUUAUUUGCCGAUUUUUAAACAUAUAAUCAGAAAAUCAAUAUGCUAAUCAACUUUUUUUUUGGUUAACUGCAGCAUGCCAGUCAUAACAUCAUUUUCUGAUAAAAUGAUUGAUUACGUUUCAUUUUGUUAUGGGUCACGGAAGCAUAUCUAAUGACUAAUGUAGAACUUUAUUUUUUUUAAAUGAAGUAACUUUAGUUGAGUUUACUCUAGUCCAGCUCUAUUUUAGAGUAUAAAAUAAAAUAAUGAACAAACAAAAAUAUAAUAUUUUUUGUGAAAUAGACUUAUUUUUAUUUCAUUAUAAAACAAGAAAUAUAAUAAGAUUGGAUCAAAUUUAAUUCUAAACUUUAUUUUAGAAUAAAUUGAAUUGAAAUUGAAGAUGCUUUGAACUUUGGAUUAAAACUUUUUUUUAUCUAAACUAUUGGAAGUUUUUUUUUUCUGGUAAAAAACUAUUGGAAGUUGACAUGGUUUUUAUAAAUCGGAUGUAGCAAGCGACAGAGAUUUUGAUACCAAAAUAAAUAAUUAAUACAAGAAAAAGUGAAUCUCAGUGCAUGCUCACUGCCAUCUUCUAGUUUGAUAACUAUUUCAAAUUUUUUCUGAGAUUAGUUUACAUUAUUAUUUACCGACUUUUCAACAAGAAACCUCGAUAACGUUUUUAAAUUCUGUCACUAUAAAUGUGGAUUUCGUUUGAGGCAAAUCUGUGUUGUUUAAGUGAUUUUUGCACGUCUUUCUAAAAUAUGACACCAUGCUAUAUACGUGCAUACAGCGUAGAUUAGUAGUAGAAUCCACGUAUACACAAAAUAUACCAUCCAAAUGUGUGAUCAUGUGCCAGGAAUGAAGAAACACGUUGAAAGUUUACAAAGUAGAGAAUAAGGAUUUUAUUAUAUUUUAACAAACAAAACUGUGUUUAUAGGUCAUAUAACUGUACGUGUUUAUGCAAUGCAUACGAUUGCAUGCUUUAUUUUUUCUUAUGUGAUACAUGUUUGUUAAACCAAACUUUCUAAACGAAAACUUUCGAAUCUGCAAGAAUAAUUUGGCAAUAAACUUUACACCAAAAAAACAAUGAAAAUGACAUGCGAGUUCGGUCGAAGAUGCAUACUUGAAGCAUCAGGUCACAUUUUUUAUUAAUGAACAUUCUCUCUGUGGUAUAGUUAGAAAACAAUUAGGUCAUAAAUGUAUAUAUUUCUGAGAUUUUUUAUAAAAAAAUAUAUUUGAUGAAGCAACAGCUACAUAAUUAUUUGAUUGAAGAGCACACACCAAACAAAUGGUAGUUUUAACGAACUUAAAGAGUCAGAUACUUGUGUUGUUUACUCGAAAAAAUAUUUGUGAUCAUACCCCUACCUGAUUAUAAAAUGAUUCCAGCCGGAUCGACAGUUAUAAAAUCGUUAUCAUAUGAUUGUAUGAGAGACAAUCAAAUAUCAUAUCAAGAAAAGCACGUUGGAGAAUCGUGCUUGCCUCCCAUUUUGCAUUUAACUUGAACACUAUAAAAGUUGUAACAUUUUUACAUUUCCCCAUGCCAUACUACAAACUUUUAAUACAAAAAAAAAGAAGAAAAAUGGCCGUGAAGAUCUCGAUCAUAUCAGCAUUGAUCGUCUUCCUUGCUCUUCUUAGCUUAAGCCAUUUUAGUUAUGGCGAACUUCGACUCGGAUUCUACAGUAAAUCUUGCCCAGGCGUCGAGGAGACCGUAUUUCGAGUUGUUAAAAAAGCAUUUAGCGACAACUCAACCCUUGCACCCCUAAUGAUCCGCCUUUAUUUCCACGAUUGUUUUAGCAACGGAUGUGAUGCAUCACUUCUUCUUGAUAGUACUACCUCUCCCACCGAGAAAAAGGCGGGGCCAAAUCUAAGUGUAGAUGGGUAUGCUCUGAUAGAUGCCGUGAAAGAUGAGCUCGAAAUUAACAAAUGUCCGGGGGUCGUUUCUUGUGCUGACAUCAUAGCUCUCGUUACUAGAGAUCUUGUGGAUCUUGCAAGCGGAAGAAAAAUAAGAUAUGAGAUACCAACGGGAAGAUUUGAUGGUAGAGAGUCUCUGGCAUCAACAGUAGAUUUGCCUGGUCCUCAAAUGAGUGUCUCGGACACCUUUAAGAUGUUUGAAAAAAGAAAGCUUAGCCUAACUGAUAUGGUUGUACUUCUUGGUGGACAUACAAUUGGAGUAGCGCAUUGUUCAUUCAUUAUGGACCGGCUAUAUAAUUUUAAGAACACGGGAAAACCUGAUCCAUCUAUGGAUCCUACAUUGGUCGAACAGUUAAGAGAAAAAUGUCCUGAGGAUUCUUCGGCAGGUAGAGUCAUUAAUCUGGAUCAAGAUGUUUUAAGUUCGAAUAUUGUCGAUGCAUCUUUCUACAAGCAGAUAAAAUCUCGUCGAGGAAUUCUUCAUAUAGAUCAACUACUCGCCACUGAUGAAAUGACGAAGCAGAUUGUGACGGAUUUAGCCGAGGGUAAUGAUUUCUUGGCUAGGUUUGGUCAGGCGAUGGUGAAUUUGGGAUCGGUUGGAGUUAAAGAUAAGGACACUGGUGAGGUUAGAACAUCGUGUCGUGCUUGCAAGAAUAUGUUUUGCACAAUAUAAAUCUUCUGCCGUUUUAACAUUUUUCGAAUUAUGUUUUAACAUUUUUCAUUUUGUCAUGUUUUUAUUUUGGAUUGCAUGUGCUAAUUGUUUGUGUAUUGUUAUGGCAUCUGAGUUUUUCUUAAGGGUUAUUUAAAGGUUAAUAACCUUAGAUAAUUAUAGGAAAAUAAACUUAUACUAGACCAAGUGUGCGCACCAAUGUGAACUCGGACUCAAGUUGUGAACUUGGACUCAAGUUCGGUUUAGAUAACAGUUUGGGUAUAUGGUCCAACAACUUAUAUUUUUAAUAUCAAAGUUUAUUUAUGUAAUUGUUCACCAGAUAAAUGAAAUUUGAUUAUAAAAAUAAACAUAUCUUUUAGAGAAUAAUCUUAAUCAAAAAUCAUUAAUUCUUGUUAAGAAUUUUUCUUGGUCACCGAGUUAAAAAGUCUCUUUAAUUUUGUGAUUAAUUUUUUGGUUAAUGCCAAAAAUUAAUGCAAGAUUUAUCUCCGACCAAAAAUGUUUUUGACAUUUUUCCUAAGCUAUGUAAGGUUCAUUCUCAUUCCAGUAAUAUAAACAUGAACAUAAACAAUUUUCACUUCUUUUUUUAUUUAUUUUUCAUUUGUCAAUGAGAGUACACAAAAUAAAGAUUUGCUAAGCUUUUUAUUCAAGUGAUGUGAAUAGAAGAAAGAAACCGUUUUAUCCUGGAACUCUAAUUAAUCAUCAUACAAUUGUCACACUAUGUGCAUUUUUGAGUUAAGGAAAGAGAUUCUGAAGUCUUGACUCUGUAAAAACUACUUGUCCAUUUCACUUGCUUCAUUGUGCCCUUUAAAAAUUAAAGUCCUACAAAAAUAACUACGGAAACUAGGAGUAAGACCAAUCUUCGUUUAGUUUGCUUUUCUAUUGUGGUCUUCUCUUCAAGUAUCUUGAUAUUAUCUCUAUUUAUCGACUCACAUGAGUAACAAAUAUAAUGGCUAAAUCAAGAAGAGUCAGUGAAGCCUAAUUUAUUGGUGAUCGAUUUCCUUUAAUUAGAGUGGUGGUAUUCUUGGGCACUAGUACAAUUUUACACUUGCAUUAAUGGGACAAGAAGUUUGGUAGGAAUUGAUAUUUUGAAUUUUGAUUGCUGUUGUUUUUAUCAAGGGCUUUCUGUCAAAAUUGCAAAGAUGUAAAUUACAAGGUUAUGACUUUUGAUCGUAGAGAGAUCAAGAAAAUAGUUCGAGUGAGGCGUGAGAUACGUAAGUAUACAAAUAGCUUGAUUCGUAGGAUAUAAGGAAGCAACUAGUGAAACAAUAACUCACUAAAAAAAUCUCAAGUUGUUGGUUGAUGUUAAAAUUGUUUUAAUGAAAAACAUGUGCAGUUUACAUGAUUAUUCGGAACAAAAUCUGAAGAUACAAAGUUUCCGGAAUAGCAGGAAAUAGGAAUCGUUUGAAUCACUGUCGUGCAGAGUUCUUCUUAAUGCUGAACCAUAUUGAGUGUAUCUCUCCGUCCAUACUGAUAUGAGGUUUAACAAAAAGAAAACACUUAAAAAAGACAAACAUAUACAUAAAUAACAAAGAAAACAUUAUUUCUUUAUGAUUGAGCAAACAUAACACAUGUAUUCAGUAUUUACCUAUUUCAGUUAAUAACAUAUAUAAAUUGACACAAAUUUGAUAGACAAGUGGAACAAAUUUAUCAGACAUAAAUGAUGCAACGACCACUGACAUUAUUACUGUUGAGCAAACCUUCACGGCUCAUUAAAACGACAGUAGGAGAGAUGUAAUUCCCCACUAGGCUUUCCAUUUUUAGUAACAUUUUAAACCCUAGUGAGUGGUGACGGUUUAAAUAUAGUUGGUAUGAUUAAUAUAGUUUAUGCAGUUUAAUGGUUAAAUGAAAAAUGUAUACUCUUAAUAAUAUAUAAGUUGUUGGAUGAAUUGACCAGCAAUAAUUUUGUUUAAUAUGGUAUAGUGUUUAAAAAAUAUGAAAAAGAUUUAAGUAAUAUAAAAGAUUUGAGCUAAUUCACCUAUCACCGAUUGGUUUUAUGGUAAAAGCUCAGAAAAUUAAACAUGAUAUUAGAGCGAACCUAUGCCGUAACUCAUUAAUCUGGUCCAGAAAAUGACAUGAUCAUUCCACUAUUGAUGGUCCAAAAAAACUCAAUUCUAUCGAAAUGGCUACCAAAAAUAUUAUUUUAAAAAAUGUAUGAUAGAUUCUGUAUAAAUUAAUGCUUUUACCAACUAUUACCUCAAUGAAGAGUGUUGCAGAAAAAGUCUCACAUCAAAAGAAGAGAUUUAAAUAAAAUAAUGUAAGGGACUUGAACCACUUUCAAUUGGUUUUAGGUUGGAAAUACAUAAAACUUAACAUAUAAACAUGUUUAUAACUAUAUAUAAACCUUUUGAUUUGGAACAAUUCUUUUGCCGCGAAUGGUUUUAAGUUAACAUUUAUAAUUUUGCGAACUUGAUCAUGAACAAACGAUUAUAUCGUGUAUCUUAAGCAGUUGCCAGCAGUCAUAUAUAUAUAUACUCGAGUGUUCUCCAUCAACAAACUAAGCCGCGUAUCAACAACAGAAAAUAACCAAUCACAAUCCUAUGAAGAAUGCAUAAUCAUAAAGUUUUCCUCUUUCUCUGUAUGAAUUUAAAAUAAAAAAUAAAAUACAAGACCAUACCAGUAUUAAUCUAAGACUCGAUCAAAUCAAGAAAAAUAUGUGUAUAUAUGAUUGAUGUUUCCUUUAUUUGUAUUUUGGUUUAGUAGUUUUGGACCACUUAAGAUCCCACAUGAGAUUUAGAGUUGUAAACCAAACGCCUGAACGAUACUAAUCACAGCUACUAGAAUAUUACUUGUUCUUUUUAAAAAGAAGAAAUGUAAUUGAUAUCAUUUCAAAAGAACUGAUAUAUAAACGAAGAAGAAACUGUGUUCACUAGAACAAACUAAAUGUAUAUGUUG